AUGGCUGAAAGUUUGGAACUAUCAGCACACGGAGACGUUGCUAAGCUUCUUGAGAAGCUGCCGUCAUUGAUCUCAGAUGCGCAUCACUCGGAGAUUUGGGGCAUACAACUCGAUGGUGACGACGAUAAACGCAAGGAGAUAGUUAUUAAGAAGUUCCUCGAACAGCAUUCAAUCAUACCCUCUAUCAGCCUUGCCAGGGCGAGUGCCUCCCUCCAGAGUGCCCUCAAAUGGAGACGCAUUGUUCAGCCUCGAUCAGCACUGACGGGGUCAAGGGAAAUCCUCACAAAAUCGGGGCUCCAGCACAUAACGCGUACGGAGGACAGACUGAUCAUGUGGGUAGUCAUCGAUGAGAAGACCAUUAGAGAUCUUCCAGCAACAUACGAAGGGUUCAUGCAGAAAUACGGGCUUGCAGAUCUGGGUACUGCGGCCCUCGAGAAUGUUGCAUCUGCACUUAUAGACGCAAAUUGUGAGCUUUAUGGUGAAAGCAGCCUGCAAGCUGCCUGUGUCGUGCAAUUCAAACUUUAUUCUGUACCACCUGGCCGCAGGAUAGGUAUUUCAUUGCGUGAUAGAGUUCGUGACAUGCUUUCAGGCGUCGUGACCGAGUUGCAAAAGUAUUAUCCUGGCUUUCUUGACCGUGCUUAUCUUAUACAGCCUUUUGACGACUAUCUCGACUCUCUAGAAAUUUCCGAAAGCCUGCUCAAAAAGACCACAAUACUGCAAAGUGCUGGAGACCUGGUAAACUACCUGGGGCCGGACGUACCACCGGAAUUUGGGGGAACGGGUAUGCCACUCUGCAACCGUGAUAUCAUGAGGAACAUAUGUGGUGAACGUGAUGAACCGCCCACCGCACGGGAUCCCCUUGAGAUCAAGCGGACAAACGACAAGACCAAAGAAGACACAGUCUUUGGUGUACAGGAAAAUGACAGCGUGUCUAAUGCGGAGAACCCCGAACCAGAAUUGACUUGGUCUGAAACUAUUGGACCGCCAACAAUAAUCUUGGACCCUUCAGAUCUGAAGAAUGCACACGAGCUUUGUCCCGAUAAGGGGGGCGCGUGUCUCGCCUGGGCUGAUUCAGAAACGCUAGUCAAAUAUGGACACGGCGUUCGGCUUGCGGAGGCUGAAGCAAUGCAUUUGGUAUCCACUCGAACCAACAUUCCAAUCCCCAGAUUGCUCAGUGCUUAUGUUCUCCAUGGAGUAUGCUACAUAGUCAUGGAAUAUGUGGAAGCGGAGUCUUUCAACAAAUACUGGGAUCGUGUCUCAGAGCCAGAACAGCAAAACGUACUUCGCCAGCUUCGCAACUACGUCUCACAAAUGCGAUCCAUAAAAGGCGAGUUCAUUGGGGGUGUUGACUCAUCUCCAUGCCGAGACGGUAUCUUCGACGCAGUCUGGGAUAACUAUGGCGCUGGCUCAUAUGGUCCCUACGCGUCCGAGGCUCUUUUCACAGAGGGGAUAGUCCAAGUUUUGCGUGAUCGGAUUCCGCCCAAUUUACCCGAGGAGUCUUCAGAUUUGGACUCUGUCUUCUUCACCAAUGAAUAUGUGCUCUACCAGACAGUCAGAGAGCUUAAGAAGAUGAAUCAUUCUAUUGUUUUCACACAUGGUGACCUUCAUUGUGGCAACAUGUUGGCAGGAUACUGGCCUGAUUAUUGGGAAUUUUACCGUGCCAUGUUCCAAGUGCCUUGGCGACCUUCGUGGGACAGGAUGAUAGAGAAGUUUAUUCCGCCGUCCUAUGUAGAGUAUGAGAUCAUUAAGAAGGUGUUCUCAUACGUAUUCAACUAG